AGGAGACUCCACCACACUCCUUGGCAGCAAAUUCCACUGUCAAACAGCUCUUACUGUCAGGAAGUUCUUCCUAAUGUUUAGGUGGAAUCUUCUUUCUUGUAGUUUCUUGUACAUGACCACAUUACAUACAGCACAUAACCAUUCUCUUUGUUGUAGUAUUCCACCAUUUCCCCCAUCCCACAGAAAUGCAAACUGUGCACUAUAAAACUCUUCCGCACUGUGCAAUUUAUGCUGCUGUCUUAAGUGUUCUGCAUCUGAAGAUCGCUUGACAAUUGCAGAGCAUAGCAAAGCAACAUUUCACAUGCAACCCUAGAUGGAGCUGUGGGCUGCAUUCUUCUCUUUCUGCCACUUCUCCUAGCUCUGCUGACUUGUUGGCCCUCAGUUCCUCUCCAGGCUGAAGCUGAAGGCAGAAAGUAACGAAACAAAGGGUCAAGCGCCUUGGGAAGGUAAGUCUAUAUAGCCCCAUGCAGGUGUGCACUGAUCAGCCUGUCAGGAUCAGCCGAACUUUCUCAGAUGAAGCUCUCAAAACAGGAUGCACCAUUUAGAAAAGCAUGAUCAGUGUGGAAUUGCAUGCUCACGUCAUACCAAGGGUUUAUGCCACUCGUUUAUGUGACAGCAGACCUGUGCACAGGCCCAACAGGGAACAGCCACCAGUCCAGGCUUUCUGGUUAGCAUACCUGUAUGACGCACAAGGAAAAGAGUCUGGCAGUGCCUUGAAGAGGAAUGCAUUCGUUGUUGGCAUAACCUUUUAUGAAUUAGAGCCUACUUCGAUGCAAGGUGAAUCCUAUGCUGGGCACGGAGUAAAAAGGAUUAGGAAUAGUGGGGCAAAAGUCUAGUGAAAUUUGACACUUCUAUGUGACGUAGAAAAUGUAUGCAAGAUGAAAACAGCGACCUUUUUGCAACAACAAUGAAAACUUUUCUUUUCUGUGCAAUGCUUGCAAUGGGCAAGAAACGCAUGACUUGGACUCCUUAGCAGGUUUUGAAUAAACACCCACAAGUUUAUUAGUUGAAUAUAUGAUAGACAAGGCAAGGAUAUGUACAAUUUUAUAAUAUGCAGAGAAUAAUAUGUGCAAAGAAACCAGAGAGGGGAGCUGAGGGAAGUCCUGGGUGGGAGAGGGAGGGGAAGGGAAAAAAUAAUGUAAUUUAAUGCCUGGAUUGAUAAAUUGUUAUGUUGAAACUGUUUAAUAUUUUUUUUAAAAAAAUAAAUAAAUGCAUGGACGUGAUUAAAUCAGAUUGCAGGAUAACAUUUGAUACAUCGCAGCAUUGGAACGAUACAUUCCUCAAAUAAUAAAAUGUGUGAAUCGGAAUCGCAGAGCUGGAGAUAAGUUUCUAGAGCUCCUGACGGGGGUCAGUCGAAAGCAAGACUGCUGGACCUUGCAGUGUGUCUUUCCCCAGACGACUGAUCCUUUUAGGGCCGCUUGCAUUCCUGCUCACGCCCUUUCCCCCAAUUUGCUGGUACAAACCUGGGCUCCAGGCAGCCUGGCUGUUCUGCUGGAAGUCCCUCCCUGAAACUCCAAAAAACAGCCUCAGGCACAUAGCUCAGCGACAGAGUGUUUGUUCUGCCUGCAGUUGAUCCCAGGUUCAGACCCCGGCUCCUCUUGGUAUGGCUGGGGACAGACUCCCGCCUUAAACCUUGGAAAGCCUCUGCCAGUCCGCAUAGACCAUACAGAGCUAGACAGACCGAUGUCCUUUGGUGCUUCCUUUGCUCCUGUGCCCACACAGAGAUGUGUGGGUGUUUGUAUGCGUAUGUAUGUUUUCACCGCAUGCCUUCCAUUUGCAGCUUCUUGCAUUCUUCCUCUUCCCCCACCGACCAGAAGAUGGGGAAGAGCUGCAAAGUGGUAGUAUGUGGGCAAGCGUCCGUUGGGAAGACCUCUAUCCUGGAGCAGCUCCUCUAUGGGAACCAUGUGGUCGGUGAGUGUUGGCGUUCAGCUGGGCACAACUCACUAGCCUUGCUUGUUCAGGCCUAAACUGGUUUUUAAGGCUAAUUCAGACCCCCUCCAAGUGUCCCUAUUUUCUGGGGACAGUCCUGGAUUUACAGAAGCCGCCCCGGUUUCUGAGUUGAUCCCGGAAUGUCCUGCAUUUCCUUAGGACGUCCCUAUUUUCAUCAGAGAAAUAUUGGAGGGUAUGGUAGGACGUCCCUGUUUUCACUGGAGAAAUGUUGGAGGGUGUGGAGAUAAGGAACUAUACAGCCUUUAGAAGACAUCUGAAGGCAGCCCUGUAUAGGGAAGUUUUUGUUUAAAGUUUAAUUAUGUUUUUAUAUAUGUUGGACACCACUCAGAGAUGGGUGGGGUAAUAAUAAUAAUAAUAAUAAUACGUCCCAUUUCCCCAUUUUCAUAAGAGAAAUGUUAGAGGGUAUGACUAUCCUUCUUGUUCAAGCCUAAAUCAUUUUUUAAGGCUAAUUUACUGUACAGAGCCACUGCGAAAAUUAAAAAGCGUCUGUUGCUUGCCCAUGUAUAUCCUGCACAUCAUUGGGAGUGAUUCCAAGUGGCCAGGGAGAAAAUAUCCUAGCCUCAGUCCCAUGUUUCUUGGGGAGUGUCAGCUGUUUCACCACCCUUUGGCCUCAGCUCCAAUGUUCUUCUCAGGCCCUGAUUCACAAAAAGGUUGCAGCAAGAAGUAAAGUGUUUCUAUCAGUUACUCUGUAGCUCCAGAAUGAAUGUCCCUCUCUCUCUCAUUGGCGGGUCUUCUGGAGAGGGUGCAGAAUCCCACUCUUCUGUCUGACCCACAGCUCAGCUGGUUAGUUCUUUCGUUAAGUGCCGUUCACUCUGUUUUGUUUGUAGGGGGUUAAUAAUUAUUUUUGAUUCUUUGCACACUGCCUAGCGAUGCAGCUUGAAGAAUUAAAUAUAUAGCCACUAGAAAGUUAACAUGCAGUGCAGAAUCGUGAGCAAAGUGGAAGUUCAGUUUGACUGGGUUACACGGAACCCAGAGAGAGGGGGAAUUCGAUGUUGUGUUAGUUAGGCAGGCAGGAGAACACAGACGGUUGGGUGUUUGCUAGAGGCCCAAGGCCAGCAGAGAGCUCAUUACCCUAGCAUUACAGUGGACGCUCGGGUUGCGAACGUAAUCCGUGCAGGAGGCACGUUCGCAACCUGCAGUGUUCACAACCCGCAGCGCCGCGUCUGCGCACGCGCGGGUUGCGAUUUGGUCUUCUGCGCAUGCGCAAAGUGCAAUUUAGCGUUUCUGUGCAUGUGCGAGUGCCGAAAUCCGGAAGUAACCUGUUCCAGUACUUCCGGGUUUCAGUGCAUCCGUAACCCGAAAACGUGCAACCUGAAGUGUCUGUAACCUGAGGUAUGACUGUAUUACCAUUUCCACUUUGUAGAGAGCACCUAAGAAGAUCAAAUGCAGCACACGAUCAUUCUCAGUUUGCAAACCCCACCUCUUUCAGGUUAAGGGCCCCCACAAAGGAUACUGUUGUUGAGAGCGCCCACCCCCACCCCCACCCCCCAAAAAAGCCUGGAGUCUAUACUGAGGGUGGGUAAAGGGCCGAAAGGCUGGUCGGCUGACAAAACUGAAUUCUGGAGACAAAAAAAAAUGCAGAGGCAGAGUGUCAAGAAAAAUGUGGAAGAAGUUGAGUGCUGCUGGCAGGAAAACUGCAGACAGGUGAGGCAGCUUUGGAGUCUUACACAACAGGUAAAUCUGUCUCAACCAGUCGUGAAUAUGGGGCAAAACAAAUACUGCAGAAGACAGAAACCUUGGGCCACAUAGCAAUUGCACUCAGGCUGCAUUCUUCUUCUUCUCUGGCGAUCACUCGUAGCCGAGUAAGAUUGUCUUCCAUAAACACGGUUUUAACAGUGGGUCCGUAAGUGACUGUGGAGGCCAAUUCUGGAUCCACACGUCCUUCCGCAGUGGGGACAUUGGUAUCCGGGCUGGAGUUGAUCACGGAGUGGAUUUUCCAAGCGUGCCUUCCUCUUAGCACGUUUCUCCCUUGCGUCCUGCAUUUAAACGUCUUCAAAGCCCAUGACACCUUUGGUAAAGGCUGUUCUCCAGUUGGAGCACUCGCAGGCAAGUGUUUCCCAAUUGUUCGUGUUUAUACUACAUUUUUAAAGAUUUGCCUUGAGGCAGUCUUUAAACCUCUUUUGUUGACCACCAGCAUUACGCUUUCCAUUUUUAAGUUUGGAAUAGAGUAGUUGCUUUGGAAGACGAUAAUCAGGCAUCCGCACAACAUGACCAGUCCAACAAAGUUGAUGUUGAAGAAUCGUUGCUUCAACACUGGUGAUCUUUGCUUCUUUCAGUACACUGGCAUUAGUUCGCCUGUCUUCCCAAGUUACUGGCUUAAAGUGCAGCUAGGGGCUUAUCCACAUUUACCUUUCCUCCGAUCUUUCCAGGCAUGGUUUGCAAUUAAAAGCUCUGUGUCUGAGCACCCUUUCUUUUCCUUUUUGCUCCAGAGCUUUCCCCAUAAAAACUCGCUCUUUAAAGCUCAAUCGGAGUAAACAGCAAUUCGCAGAAAACCCAAAUUGACAUUUGCUCCAAUUCAGCUUUAAAAAGCGGUUUUCGCAAGGAAUGCUUGGAGCAAGAUAACCCUGGGUGCUUGGAGACAGAUCUUUAAAUCACAGACUUCUGCCUGGAAAGAGCAGGGCAAAAAGUACAGUGGUACCUCGGGUUACAUACGCUUCAGGUUACAUAUGCUUCAGGUUACAGACUCCGCUAACCCAGAAAUAGUACCUUGGGUUAAGAACUUUGCUUCAGGAUGAGAACAGAAAUCGUGCUCCGGUGGUGCGGCGGCAGCAGGAGGCCCCAUUAGCUAAAGUGGUGCUUCAGGUUAAGUACAGUUUCAGGUUAAGAAUGGACCUCCAGAACGAAUUAAGUACUUAACCCGAGAUACCACUGUAAGUGCGGAUAAGCCCUAGGUCGUUCUUUUUCUCAAUUCGGGUUGGAGCUGGUUUGAGGGGGAAACACCCAAAAAUGCAGUAUUUCCUAAGAAAUUAGAGAACAUGUAUGGACGUGGGUGGCGCUGUGGGUUAAACCACAGAGCCUAGGACUUGCAGAUCAGAAGGUUGGCGGUUCGAAUCCCCGCGACGGGAUGAGCUCCCAUUGCUCUGUCCCUGCUCCUGCCAACCUAGCAAGUAGAUAAAUAGGUACAAAGUGCAAGUAGAUAAAUAGGUACCGCUCUGGCGGGAAAGUAAACAGCGUUUCCACAUGACCCGGAAGCUGUACGCCGGCUCCCUCGGCCAGUAAAGCGAGAUGAGCGCCGCAACCCCAGAGUCGGUCACGACUGGACCUAAUGGUCAGGGGUCCCUUUACCUUUACCUUUAUGGAUAGUGUAUAACAUAAUUUUUGCACUGCUUUCCAAAGCAGUGGUGGGAACAGACCUGAUGCAGGGCAAAUCGGAGUGUGGACACAGCCCUGGUCCCUGACACAAAGUAUGGCCAUCAGGGUUGGUUCUCCCCGCUCUAGCACAGGUCCAAUUGCGUUUAACAGCUGCAUGGCAGGCAGAAAUCCAACAGGUGCUGCUUUUUCCUGGCAUAGGGAUGCACCAAUGGCACUAUGCUUCAGUUAUUUAGGGCCAAACUGAAUAUGACAUUAAUGCAUCUUUGCUUGUUUUGUUUUUAAAGGCAAAUUCCAUCAGCUUAGUAGGGCUGGUAGUUACCAGAUCAGGAGUGGAGAGAGCAUGUAACUUUUUCCAUAUGGAAUAUCCCUCUUCUAGAACUGAGAUUUGCAUUUGGAGGAAAUUAUUCACAGGCACUAAUGGAAUAUUUCUUCCAAAUGCUGAUAGCAACUGCAGAGACAUUUGCUUUUUUGGGUGGGCGGGGAGUUAGCAAAAGAUUCUCUGGCUACUGUACAAAGUAAAGGUAACGGUGUUGGCCCAUAAGAAAAAUGAAAGAAAGGAGCAUUGUAUGGAAAUAAUGACCAGGUGGAAUUUAGUAACUUGGUAUGUGAAGAAAGGAAGUGGGGGUUCCUAGAAUUGGAAUAAUUAUAAGAUAAUUGCUAUAAAGGAGGGAAAAUUAUCAAUUAGAUAUGAAUAGGCUCUUCUCUCUCAUCUUUAAGCUUCGCAGGAUGCAAAUAACUGUAUUUAAAUGAAUUACAUUAUUUAUAUGUAUUUUUAAAAUUAUGCAAAGCAUAAGGUAAAUAUUGUGUAUGCCGUAUUUUUCUGUGUAUAAGACGCCCCCAUGUAUAAGACACCCCCUAUUUUGGGGGACUCCAAAUUAAGAAAACACCCCUCAGCACUACCCGUGUAUAAGACGAGCCCCAAUUUUAAACCUACUUUUUUGGUAAAAAAAACUUACGUCUUAUACACGGGAAAAUACGGUAACUACACAAUAUUUUGUGAACAUGUGUACGAUAUUUUCAAUUUGUAAAUAAAACCCUAAAUCCAUAGUAGGGUACUAAGUUUAUUAGGCCAGCUGCCAAAAUAUCACACGAGAUUAUGAGUUCUCCAGAACUCCUAGUUUACCUGAUGGAAGAGUUCUGGAGAACUCCAGAGCUUGCGUGUUAUUUUGUUCUGGUUGGCCUAACAAAAGCACUGCCCCGGCUGCUGCGAGUAUGGAGAGAACGAAUCCUUCUGAGAAAACACUCCCGACAAUUUCUGCGUGUCCAGUAAUGGCUGCCCUCUGUCCCGUUGGCUGUGUGCAGGUUCAGAGAUGAUCGAAACCCAAGAGGACAUUUACGUGGGCUCCAUCGAGACGGACCGGGGGGUGCGGGAGCUGGUGCGCUUCUACGACACCCGAGGCUUGAGGGAUGGGCUGGAAUUGCCCAAGCAUUGCUUCUCCUGCACCGAUGGAUACGUGCUGGUUUACAGCAUUGACAGCAAGGAGUCCUUCAAGAGGGUGGAGAUUCUGAAGAAGGAGAUCGACAAGAGCAAGGAUAAAAAGGAGGUUGGUGCUCUUACAUCAAAAGGUGGGUGGGGUCCUCAAGUGGGAGGUGGGCAACUUGCAUAGUUGGACUCCCAUCAGCCCCAUUCAAGAUGGCCAGUGCCGUGGGAUAACGGAGUCCCUUUGACAGCCAUAACGUCGCCACUCCUGGUCUAGAGAUAUGUGGCUUUUAUUAUAUAUUUAUUUAUUGAAUUUAUAUACAGUGGUACCUCUGGUUACGAACUUAAUUCGUUCCGGAGGUCCGUUCUUAACCUGAAACCGUUCUCAACCUGAGGUACCACUUUAGCUAAUGGGGGGGCCUCCCGCUGCUGCCCGAUUUCUUUUCUCAUCCUGGGGCAAAGUUCUUAACCUGAGGUACUACUUCCAGGUUAGCGGAGUCCGCAACCCAAAGUGUUUGUUACCCGAGGUGUUUGUAACCCAAGGCACCACUGUACCCGGAGGUCUCAGGGCGGUUCACAGAAAAGAUCACAAUAUAUAAAAUCAAAAGGAAAACAAUAAUCCAAUAACCUCCCCCCCCCCACACAAAAAAGAGCCACAUUUUAAAAGGGUAUAGGAUGUCAAUCAGAUCAACCAAAGGCCUAGUUAAAAAGGAACGUUUUUGCCGGGCGCCUAAAGGUGUAUAAUGAAGGUGCCUUGGGGAGAGCAUUCCACAGAUGGGGAGCCACUGCAGAGAAGGCACUGUUCUCGUGUUGCCACCCUCCGCACCUCUCGAGGAGGCGGCACACGAAGGAGGGCCUUGGAAGAUGAUCUCAGGGUCUAGGUAGGUUUAUAUGGAAAAAGGCGGUCCUUGAGGUAUUGCGGUCCUGAGCUGUUUAAGGCUUUAUAGGUCAAAACCAGCACUUUGAAUUGGGCCCAGAAACUAAUUGGUAGCCUGUGCUGUUGGACCAGGAUCGGUGUAAUAUGCUCAAACCAUCUUGUUCCGGUGAGCAACCUGGCCACUGAAUUCUGCACUAGCUGAAGUUUCUGAACCGUCUUCAGAGGCAGCCCUACGUAUAACACAUUGCAGUAAUCUAAACUUGAGUACAACAGUACUAUCCCUGUCUAGAUAGGGGCGUAGCUGGGCCACCAGCCGAAGCUGAUGGAAGGCACUCCGGGCCACAGAGGCCACCUGAGUUUUUGAACUUCCUUUCCUCCAACACUUUACAGAUUAGCAUCACAUGGUCAUGGGGCGCAAUCUAGGGGAGGGCAAGGCUCCCUCACAAUUUUCAAGGAGGGGACCAGGUCGCCUCCCAAUUCCACAGCAGCCAUGCAUUCACACUCUGUGGGACGUGCUUGCGCCGUGUGCGUAAGCCAUGACAUGUCAGUACGCACCAUGAAGUGUGCACAUGGCGUGCUUAUGUCACACAGCCGUGGCCCCCCCAAUCUCAAAUGCGCUUGCCUGUACAUCAUACAUUUAAACCAGAGGUCAGCAAACUUUUCUAGCAGGGGGCCGGUCCACUGUCCCUCAGACCUUGUGGGGGGCAAGACUAUAUUGGGGGGGGGGGCGGGGAAAUGAAUGAAUUCCUAUGCCCUACAAAUACCCCAAGGAACAUGGGUGGCGCUGUGGGUUAAACCACAGAGCCUAGGACUUGCCGAUCAGAAGGUUGGCGGCUCGAAUCCCCGCAAUGGGGUGAGCUCCUCUUGCUCGGUCCCUGCUCCUGCCAACCUAGCAGUUUGAAAGCACGUCAAAGUGCAAGUAGAUAAAUAGGUACCGCUCCGGUGGGAAGGUAAACAGCGUUUCCGUCCGUUGCUCUGGUUUGCCAGAAGCGGCUUAGUCCUGCUGGCCACAUGACCCGGAAGCUGUACGCCGGAUCCCUCGGCCAAUAAAGCGAGAUGAGCGCCGCACCCCAGAGUCGGCAACGACUGGACCAAAUGGUCAUGGGUCCCUUUACCUUUACAAAUAACCCAGAAAUGCAUUUUAAACAAAAGGACACAUUCUACUCAUGUAAAAACACGCUGAUUCCCGGACCGUCCACAGGCCAAAUUUAGAUGGCGAUUGGGUCUUAGUUUGCCUACCCAUGAUUUAAAGCAUAUGUAAAGCAUGUGACUUCCCCACAAAGCAUCCUGGGAACAGUAAUUUGUUAAGGGUUCUGGUAAUUAUAGCUCUGCGAGGGGCAUGAGAGGUCAUGUGCUUUAACUAUACGGUGUGGAAGAGAUGCCACAGAUUCUCUUGCAUGCUGUAAAGGGCCUGUCUUCAACUGACGGGUCAGUUCCCGCUACAAGGUCGCGGCUCGAUUUAAAGUGAGUCAUGGAAAAACAUGAGGACUGUUGCUGAGGAGAGGAGCGAAGAAUGCACUCUGGGGCUCAGGUCUGGCUAGUCUCUCAGGUCGGGCAAGCUUUGGGAAUAUUUGGGUCAAGGCCUGCAAAAACAAUAACAGCUGUGUUUGAGGGCCAUAAACUAACACGUGAGGGAAAAACCAAUAAGCACUUUUAAACUUGCAUCAAAAAGCUUUCAGCCACAGUGCUCUAGAGUCAUCUUGCUAUGAGCAUUCAUAAAUAAUGCAUUUAGGAGAAAGGCCAAAGGGGGAAAGGGUGUAGCUAGAGGAGAGGGUGUAUUCUCCUCACUGCACCAAACUGACCAAGAAAAGCCACUAAAACCUCGAGCUGACCCUGAGCUAGGUCUAGCUAUCAUGUCCCAUGAACUGAGAGCACAUCUUGUACUUUCCUGACAGGGGAAGGUUAGGUUGCUAUUGCUGAACAAGCAACAAAACAGUUGGACUCUUUCCUGCUCCACAACCCCAGGCUUCCAGUCCUGCUCACUGACUCAGGUCCUGGGAGUCGUUCCCACCAACUUCAGAGCUUCAAGGCACAGCGGCUACCAUAAACACCAGUACAGUGGUACCUCGCAAGACGAAUGCCUCGCAAGACAAAAAACUCGCUAGACAAAAGGGUUUUUUUGUUUUUUGAGCUGCUUCGCAAGACGAAUUUCCCUAUGGGCUUGCUUCGCAAGACGGAAACGUCUUGCAAGUUUGUUUCCUUUUUCUUAACACCGUUAAUACAGUUGCGACUUGACUUCGAGGAGCAACUGAUAGAACGCGGUGUGGUAGCCUAUUUUGAGGUUUUUAAAGACUUUGGUGAUUUUUGAAGCUUUUCCAAAACUUUCCCGACACCGUGCUUCGCAAGACGAAAAAAAUCGCAAGGCGACAAAACUCGCGGAACGAAUUAAUUUCGUCUUGCGAGGCACCACUGUACUCAAGUGGAGAAACUGCCUCCCUCCCCUUGGCUUUUGAGCCUGACCAAACUAUUGAUAAAGGAAAUUAUUUCGUUUUUGCCUUUAUGCCCCACCUUUUCUCCAAGGAGAUCAAGGUAGUGUACCUGGCCCAGUAUACCUGAAGGAGCGUCUCCACCUCCAUCAUUCAGCCUAGACACUGAGGUCCAAUGCCAACAGCCUUCUGGCAGUUCCCUCGCUGCGAGAAGUAAGGUUGGAAACCAGGCAGAGGGCCUUCUCGGUGGUGGCGCCCGCCCUGUGGAAUGCCCUCCCAUCAGACGUCAAGGAAAUAAGCAACUAUCUGACUUUUAGAAGGCAGCCCUGUUUAGGGAAGUUUUUAAGGUUUGAUGUUUUAUCGUGUUUUUAAUAUUCUGUUGGGAGCCACCCAGCGUGGGCGGGGUAUAAAUAAUAAUAAUAAUAAUAAUAAUAAUAAUAUACACAGUUCUCUUCCUCCUCAUUUAAUCCCCAUAACAACCCUGUGAGGCUGGCUAGGCUGAGAGGCAGUGACUGGCCCAAGGUUACCCAGCAAGCUUCAUGGCCAAAGGCAUGGGGAGGCAAACUAAGGCCCAGGGGCCGGAUCUGGCCCAAUCGCCUUCUAAAUCCAGCCCGCUGAUGGUCCGGGAAUCAGCGUGUUUUUACAUGAGUAGAAUGUGUCCUUUUAUUUAAAAUGCAUCUCUGGGUUAUUUGUGGGGCAUAGGAAUUCGUUCAUCCCCCCCCAUAGUCCGGCCCCCCACAAGGUCUGAGGGACAGUGGACCGGCCCCCUGCUGAAAAAGUUUGCUGACCCCUGUACUAGUCCAACACUGUUUAACAACUAUACCACACUGGCUAUACAAAAAUGAAACUUGCCUAUAACUGGUUGCCCCUCUAUCCCGCUUCCUUAAUCUGGUGACGGAGGAAGGGCCCACCAGCCUUGCUUAUGUGCAGAUCUGUGCAUUUCUCAUUUGUUUCACGCAAACUUGUCGUUUUGUUCCGUUUGCGAUAGGUCACCAUCGUGGUCUUAGGCAACAAGUGCGACUUGCAGGAGCAGAGACGUGUGGACCAUGAUGCAGUGCAACACUGGGCCAAGGCCGAGAAAGUGAAGCUGUGGGAAAUCUCUGUCGCCGACCGCCGGACCCUCAUCGAGCCCUUUGUCUACCUUGCCAGCAAGAUGACGCAGCCGCAGAGCAAGUCUGCCUUUCCGCUCAGCCGCAAGAACAAAAGCAGUGGUUCCGUGGACGGGUGACUCGGGUGCUGUGCCCGCUGUAUCUCGUGGACCUGCAUGCGCAUAGGGCUGUCCUUACCUUGAGCCAAUGUGAAAAGGGAACACCCAGUAGCAGAUACCUGAUGAGCCACUUCUUUCCUUCCUCUCUUUGCAUGUUCCCCCCUCUUUUUUAAAAAAAGGAGAACACCACAAGUACACAGUGGACGCCACUUUUGACUUGAAUGGGGAAAAAAAUGUCUGACGCUGACACUGCAUGCCUGAGUCAAGUGCCAACAGAUGUGUUGUGCGAUAAAAAGAGAGCAGCCUGGUUGCUGUCACGGGUUAGGGGCACAUUGGUGGCUUAAAACACAGUGAGGUUGCUUUCUCCUCACUGAGAUUCAAGUCCGCAUUUUUACAGAGAGAGGGUGGGGAUGUCUUAACCUGAGGCAUGUUACCUGAUCUGUUUUCCUGCAUCCAAAGCAAAGUAUCCCAUUCAAUGAAGUUGUCAUCUGAAUGUGCAGUGGCUUUCACAAGUGUACACACCUCAGCUUAUGUUUCCAGUGGGGUGGGCGUUGGUUUGAGACGAGGGGGAAACACCACACGGCCGUAUUUCUCAAGAAACUACAGGAUACAGAUGGAUUGUGGCUAACGUGUAUUUGGCUUCAGACACAAAUGGUGGAAGUGCCACGAGUCAGAGGAAGUGGUAAUGUGUACCCAGCCAUGGUUGAAUAUUCAACCAUGUUUGGAGCCAUUCUUAUUUUCCAACUGGCUUUGAUAUUAGCCUUGGAAACCUGUGUUAAGGGUACCAAAUUUUUGCUUUUGAUUUGGGUCCCGAAGAGCAGCAUGAGCAGCAGAGAGGGGAGUCUUCCUUGACCGACCCCAUUUCAGUGGUGACCCUGAUUCAGUUCCCUUCCCUUCCUUCUCCUCCUGCCCACCAAGGGAGGAUGAAUGCUAUAGGGUGAAGCUGCAAGGCUAUGGGGGGAAUGAGGACAGUGGAAUGUGCUGUUCAACAUGGGAGCAAGCUCAUGGCCAAGCUAAUCUGUUAUCUCCCAGACUUCUGGGCUAGAAGGAAAUAUCUGCAGAAAGGCUUGUAUUUGUUUAUUGAGAAGAGAAUGCUGAGUAAUUGCGGAUGGAAGAAAAGCAAACAGUGAAAUGCCUUAAGUUCAAGGCUGAUCCUGGUGCGACUGCACUUCCUAACGAUUAGUUUCCAGGCCCAAUUCAGAGUGGUGGUUUUGACCUAUAAAGCCUUAAACGGCUCAGGACCGCAAUAGCUCAAACACCGCCUCUUUCCAUAUGAACCGACCCGGAUCAUGAGAUCAUCUUCUGAGGACCUUCUUCUUGUGCCUCCUCCUCGAGAGGUCACGAGAACGGGGCCUUCUCUGCAGUGGCUCCCUUCCUGUGGAAUGCUCUCCCCAGGGAAGUUCGCCUGGUGCCUUCAUUAUACAUCUUUAGGCGCCAGGCAAAAACGUUCCUUUUUAACCAGGCCUUUCUUUGAUUUGAUUGACAUCCAAUGCCCAUUUAAAAUGUGUUUUUUGGGGGGAGGGAGUUAUUGGGUUGUUUUUAUUUUGAUUAUAUAUUUUGUGGUUUUAUAUUUUGAUUUUAUUCUGUGAACCGCCCUGAGACCUACAGGUAUAGGGCAGUAUAUAAAUUCAACAAACAAACAAACAGACGUAUGGGGAAAGUGUCAUCCCAGGAAUGGGAUUUAACGCUUUAGGAAAGCCGAUUUUGGUUAAAUAGAUUGCUCAGUUGGGUAGAAUGUGGUGCUCAUAAUGCCAAGGCCACAGGUUUGAUCCCUGUAUGCGGCAGCUGCAUAUUCCUACACAGAUGAUCCUCAGGGUCCCUUCCAACUCUACAAUUCUAUGAUUGUUUAUAUAUUUAAAAACACUCCAGUACAUGAGAUGGGUUUGAUUUUGGACAUCUCAUGAAUAGCUUUUCCAAACAUAGUGACCCUGCUUUCCCAAUCUGGUUUAGGAACAGUUAUAAGCAAUUUCUUGGAUAACUGGCAUCAAAUUAAGACUGCAAUCCUAUACAUACUUACUUGGAAGUAAACUCCACCGAGCGAUGUCCAAGGAAAGAUCACUACUUAGUUGGGAUCAAGAACGAAGGUAUAAUAGUCGUCCAGAGAUCGCUGGUUAUGAUAACAGCUAAUAAGUGUAUUGGAAUCCUUUUAGCUCUGGUGUGUAAAACUAUUAUGAGGAAUGCAGAAUAUAUUAUUACUUCUUUUAUUAAUAAAAGUUUUAGGUUAUUGCACUUUCUUCCUGCACACUGAAAACUGGUGUCUUCCACCGAGGUGAUAGUUAGGCUGCAUGUUUAUUUGGGCAAUAUGCAAAUAUAUGUAAAGCAACUGGUUUUGCAAAAUAUAAUUGGCCACCCAAAAAUAAAUAAAUCUGUAACCAAUG